AUGUCCCCAGGGGCUCAGCAACCCAGGAUGAAAAAAAUGAAAGCACCAGCAGAAAGGAGGUGGAGAGCUCCAUCUCUGACCCUUGGUAAAGCCCUAGGAAAAGGGCCUAGUACCAAGGAGGGGCCUUCUGCUGGUGUGGACACAUGUGCGUUUCUGUCAUCAUUUGUUUGCUCUAAUAGGACUCUGCUAUUAGAGGGCCCGGUAGAACUCAAAAGAGGCCGGCAGAGGUGGGAGCGGCAUCUUUUCCUGUUCAAUGAUAUGUGUGUUGUGGCCAAAGUCAAAUAUAACAACAACUUUAAGAUGAAAAAUAAAAUAAAAUUAAGUGACAUGUGGGCAGCAGGCUGUGUGGAUGAAGCGGGUGACGGCAAUGCCGAUGCCAUGAGAUCAUUCAUCCUGGGCUGGCCCACAGUGAACUUUGUGGCCACUUUCAGUUCCCCAGAACAGAAGGACAAAUGGCUCUCCCUCCUUCAGAGAUACAUCAGUCUAGAGAAAGAAAAGGACUACCCAAAGAGCAUUCCCCUCAAAAUCUUCACCAAGGACAUGGGGAAUUGCGCCUAUUCUAAAAUAAUAAUAAUAAAGAAUUCAGAUACAGCGAAGGAAGUUAUCAACAUGUUACUACCAAUGCUGAGGAUAAGUGGCUCUGAGAGAGAUUAUCAGUUGUGGGUCAGUUCUGGCAAAGAAGCGGCACCAUAUCCACUUACUGGGCAUGAAUAUCCCUAUGGAAUUAAAAUGAGCCAUCUUCGAGACACUGCACUCCUGACACAGGGAUCAGAGGACUCCACCAGUCCUUCCAAACUCCGAGAGCUCUUCCUCAUGGAGCAGUUGCCCAGGGAGAUGCAGUGCCAGUUCACCCUGCAGCCCAGCCUCCUGGCUGCGGCCCAGCAGCUGAGCGACUCAGGUCCGAAGACAUCUAAAAGGAGAAGAUCUCGCAUAAAGUGGGCCUUUUGGCAGGGCGCUAGCGCUCGCCUGGAUAACUCGCCCACGUCACCAACCUCUCCUAUGCCAGGACAGCUCUUUGGAGCGUCUCUGCCAAGUAUCUGUGAGAAUGACAAUCUGCCCAAACCUGUCUCUGAUAUGCUUUUUUUUCUUAAUCAAGAAGGUCCCCUCACAGAGGGCAUCUUCAGACUGUCAGCCAGUGUGAAAUCUUGCCGAGAGCUAAAAGAGAAACUGAAUUCCGGAGCUGAAGUACGCCUGGACUGUGAAUCUAUUUUUAUGAUAGCAUCCGUUUUAAAGGACUUUCUACGAAACAUUCCCGGAAGUAUUUUGUCAUCAGAUCUCUGUCAUCACUGGGUCAGUGUAAUGGAUCAAGGAAAUGAUGAAGAGAAAAUAAAUACCAUUCAAAGGCUACUAGACCAGCUCCCAAGAGCCAAUGUUGUUCUCUUAAGGUACCUUUUUGGGGUACUACACAACAUCGAGCAACACUCCUCAUCCAACAAGAUGACGGCAUUUAAUUUAGCCGUGUGCAUCGCUCCCAGCAUUCUUUGGCCUCCUAAUUCCUCCAGCCCAGAACUAGAAAAUGAAUUUAUAAAAAAGGUUACUCCGCUUAUCCAAUUUCUGAUUGAAAAUUGCUGUCGAAUAUUUGGAGAGGAAAUCACUUCCCUCUUUGGAAAGGCUUCAGCAAAAUGUGAUACUGAAGAGAAGGCCUCCAGUAUCUCUUGCUUACAGGUGACUGACUCCUCUUGUGACAGCCUGAAAAAGAAGCUAAUUGCAGAUGCUGAUGCUCCCUGUAGUGAUGUGCUAAAGGACCUUGGUCAGGCGAGCAGAAGCAUGGCCUCUGUCUUAACCCUUAGUGACGAUGACCUCAACCAGCCUGAGGUGGAAGGUCUUUUAAUCCUGAGAGACUUUGACUUAGACUCUUCCAAACAUGAAGACAUUGAAAUGGAACCGUCUCCUGAAUACAAACCUCUGACCGUCGCAGUACUGGACACAGAGCCCACACUGCAGGAACAUGCCGGGGACCCGUCUGGCAUGACCGAACCCAGCUAUCUGUCCACCGCUGCAGCAGAUGCUCCAAAAAGCCUAAGGCAACACCAGUACCCCUUGGAGUCCAGCACCAGCUAUCUAGAUUCAAAGCUUUCGUCUCUCAAACAGUUUUACCAAAAAAAGCUGCGCAAGUCCAGACAUGGUGCAGUUCCCUCACAAAAAGAUGAGGACCAUCUGAAGCAGAAACAACCCCUACAGGAGGAGGGUACGGCCUGUUUUAAGGAGAGUUUAGUUACAGGCACUGAUAUCAAGAACAAUGACAUUAAAAAAAGUGCUAAGAAGAAAAGCUUGUUUGGUAAUAAAGGAAAUCAUGGGAAGCUUCUCCCUAGAUCCAAGGCAGGGGCCAUUUCUGUGGCAUCCUGCAGUCACAUGUCCCCACAGGAUCAUCCCAGGAGCCAGCCCUUUGGUUUAGAUACAUCGGGAACCGCCCUUCCACACACAACUGGUGCCCUCAAGAAUUCAGAGAGGCAGCAGCUCUGCUCAGAGCCCAACAUUGAUGUCCAGCCCUGCAAACGGAGCUACCUCAGGAGGAUAUUUUCAAAGAAACAAAAUAAAACUGACUACGCAUCUGGUCACCUGCAUCGAGAGGAGGACCAUCUAAAACCGCAAAUAGAAGGGCAAAACCUUGUUAAUCAGAGUUUGGUCAUGGGGAUUGAGGUGGACAAGAGUAGUGCCACAAAGCAAAAUACUAGAUGUUUACCGUGGAGAUUAAACAUCUGCUUGUCCUGUAUAAGCACUUCUCCGUGUGACUCAUCAGGGAGCUCCCAAGACUCUGCUUUUUCUCAGAUCUCAGAACAUUCCGUGUGUACACCCACUGAAACUUCCUCGCCAAUAGAUUGCAAUUUUCAGGCUCAAAGCAAGCCGGGAGAACUUUCUUCUGACUUCUGCAGUCCCAGUCUCAUUUCUGGAGUGCCUGGUACCUCCUCUGGGCAGACCGGCAGCUGCCUGGCUUAUACAAAUAAUGACAGUGUAGAGUGUCAUUCACAAAUGCAUUCUGUAACUCUUCAUCCCAGCAUGUGGUUGAGAAAUGGUUUGGCUAGUUUGAAAACCUGGUCCUUCAAAAAGAAAGCAAGGGCACCUAGAUCAGAGGAAAAGAAAUUAGCUUCUCAAAAAGAAUCCAUGGAGCCACCUCCCUGUGCUUCUGGUGUUCUAGAGGCCAACUCACUGCAAGAGAAUCCGAAAGAUAUGCCCUUGACAGCAACUGAAAGAGUAGGAGCUGUGCUGACAGGCCACCAGCAUAGCUCAUGUCCUAACCGAGACUCAGAGAAACACAGUAGGUCUCCAUUCAGCCUGGUGGAAGACAGCCUGAAGCUUCGCAUGUCACAUGAGGAAGGAAAGAAUAGUGGGCAGUGCUCUCCUGGCACUCCACCUUGUGAGAGAUCCUCACCCAGCUCUUUGAUUGUGGAUGAAGUGUCCAGCCCAGACUCAGGGUCUGCAGCAGUUAAGGAUGUUGGGAACAAACAUUCAACCAAAGACAUUUAA